CAUCGAAGCAAGAUGGCGGCGAAUUGGAGGUUUCCAAGCCAGGUGCCUGCAGAUUCUGAAGUCCCUCUAACCACAGAGGAUUGCACAGGAAGUGACGAAGAUUCCAAUGAAGCUGGUGAGCCUGAGAUUUCUGAUGAGUGUAGACAUUUGUGGGAUACUGUUAUGAAGAAUCCUUGUGAUUUUAAUGGCUGGACUAAGUUGUUGGAACAUGCAGAAAAUCAGACAACAUUAAUAGGAAACCGGAGGAUAUAUCAUGCUUUUCUAACACGGUUUCCGUAUUGUUAUGGCUACUGGAAGAAGUAUGCAGACUUAGAGGUCCAGUUUAAGAAUCAAGAAUUGGCUGAAGAGGUCUUCUCCAAGGCAUUGCAGGCAAUCCCACUUAGCGUGGACCUCUGGAUACAUUAUAUCACAUUUCUGAAAAGUAAGCUGGAUAUGAAACUGCCAGAAUCUGUUGAGAGACUACGAGGAGUAUUCAAUGCAGCAUUGGAAGCUGCAGGUUUGGAUUUCCGCUCCGAUAAACUUUGGCUUUUGUACGCACAGUGGGAGAGGGACCACAGUUUCUUCAGAGAGGCCGCAGCAAUUUAUGAUCGUGUACUGACAGUUCCCACUCAGCUAUACCGGCAGCAAUUUGACAGGUUUAAAGGACUUAUUGCUGUUGUCUCCCCUCAUGAAUUUAUGAGAUUAGAGGAAUUCCAGUGGAUCCGCUCAAGAAUUAUCGAGCAGGAAAGCUUUCAGGUUCCUGAUGAAGACACAGAAUCAGAUGAUCUGGAAACAGAUCAUGAUCUUCAAGAACAGAUUCGGGAUCAUUUUAUUAAAAUACGGGAGCAAAUAUUUCUUCUAAAUGAAGCUGAAGUCCGAAAACGUUGGACUUUCGAAGAGGCAAUACUUCGCCCUUAUUUCCAUGCAUUGCCACUCUAUCAUUCUGAGCUCCAAAACUGGAGGAAAUAUCUGGAAUUUGAGAUCUCUGAAGGUCACCACAACCGUAUAGUGACUUUAUAUGAGCGUUGUUUGGUGGCCUGCGCACAUUACGAGGAGUUCUGGCUAUCUUAUGCAAAAUAUAUGGAAAAUAUUUCAGUGGAAGAAACAAGCUCAAUAUUUCAGCGAGCUUGUCAGAUCCACUUACCAAAGAAACCAACUCUAAAUUUCGAAUGGGCUAUGUUUGAAGAAAAGCAUGGGAAUCUAGAUUCUGCACGUUCCAUCCUCUGUGACCUAGAAACGCAAGUUCCUCGCCUGGCUAUUGUGCGCAUGAAGAGGGUGAACUUGGAGCGAAGGAACGGAAACCUGGAGGAGGCAGAGCGGCUCUUGCAGGAAGCUGUAGAAAAGAGUUUAGGAACUGAAUUGGCAGCCUUUUACUCUAUAAAGCUGUCUCGAUUUCUUCUGAAAUCUCGAGAAGAGCUUGAGAGGGCUAAAGAAGUACUCAUUCAAGCUUUGAAAGAAGAACCGGGUAACGCUCGACUGCAUCUCUAUUUAAUGGAAACUGAAAUGUCCAGAGAAGACUCAGAGGCUGAGAAUGACGUUAUGCUAUGUGCAGAACGGGCACUGCAGAGCAGUCUGCAUGACAAUAUCAAGAAGAUCAUUUCUCAGAGACGCCUUGAGUUCCUGGAAGACUAUGGCUCUAAUAUUACCAGUCUAUUGAGUGCCUACAAUGAACACCAGAAGCUGCUGGUAGAGCAGGAAGAGCAGACGACUAAAGCAGAGAAUGAGAGCAGUGGGCAUAUAGAAACUGAAAAGACCCAAAAUGACAGGCUUACCAUUGCACCACAAUGUUCGACUCAUUCUCCUAUAGUACCAACAACCCCCUAUCCCCUUAUCCUCCCACCUGGGCCAGUGAUGCCACCCCCUGGGCCAGUCUAUGGUGCAUCAACACAAUCAACUAGCAUGGAUGGCUGUAACCUUUGGUACCAGAACUACAGACAAUACAAUCCUAUGUCCUGGAAUCCACACAGAUAUUUCUUUCCCCAGUGACAUCAACUCGUACCAGCAGGAGUGGAUAUUUUUUCAAACAUCUGAAUCCAGAAAAGGGUGAAUAUAGAGACAGUAGUCUACAGAUUAAUGGACAGUUCUACGGCUCAGAUUUUAGCCUUUAUACUUGUUAAAGAGACCGUGCCAAGGAGCUAUGCAGUACUGUGGUUCAUUACUUACUGGUGGACUAGUCUCUACCAAACCAAGCAAAAUAGAGAGUUUUACUAAACAGAUGUUCUGAUUAAAACUCAGGUUUGUUGUAGAAGAUUAGACUUCAGCACACUUUACAGCCUGUCCUCAAACGUGUCAAAGCACAUAGACAAGCAUUGUGGUUAACCUUGGAACGCCCUAAAAUGGCAAUUGUUUGCCUGGUACCAUCCCUAGAUCCAAAAAGAUAAAGUGAUUCAGGUCCUCAUUAACCAAUCAUGGUGAAGUGAAGAUUCUUCUGAUCUUGCAUGCUUGAUUUAUCCAAGGAGGCAGAUUUGAUAUGAUUUCUCAAUAUUUUUAUGUACUUUUUUGUUUUUACCACUUUGCAAAUUUUACUUUAUAGAACUAUUCGUGAUUCUAUUCCUCAAAUUUGUUGGGUUUUUCUUUUUGUCAACAGCUCAGGAAAUGCAAAUAAUGAACAGAAAGUCUGGGCCUUGGGUUAGGCUGGGGCACAUUGAAAGUUGAAAUCAACUUAUGGAAACGAGGCUGAUAGCAGGAGGUUUGAUGUAAAUAGGGAAUUUAAAUGGAGAAGCACAGGUUUGACAGUGGAGUCAGACACCCACAACUUGGAAACAGCUUGUAGGACUCCCCUUUUGUUGAUUUUGUCCAACAUCUUUUGAGCAACAUUUAUCAGCCAAUAUACCCCUGUCGUACAGUUUAGUAUUUAUUAAGUGAUAUAAAUUUGUUCAACAACUACAGUAUGUUGUUUGUGAACAGAGCUGGUUUUUGUUUUUUUAAAUACAGAAUGUGAUUAAUUUAGUAUUAAAAAGGCACUGGUCAUGCCCCAAAAAACAUGCGCAUUAUAUUAAGCAUAAGAUUUUAUCUAUACAUUGUGCUAGCAAAUGUUUAGAUUAAGAGAAAAGACGAUUUUAAAAAGUAGGUUUUUCCUCACAGUUGUAAGUCCGUACCGAGGCAUUGAAUGACAAGGGAGAGCAAAAUAGACCUCCCGCAGAAACCAGAGCAUGUGCUAUGGUUGCUAUAGAAACUCCAUACUUGGCGCUUCUAGCACCGGCUAGGAAGUAUAGGAAUGUCACUCUGUCCCCAAACUGGCAACAAAGCCAAUGUGCUGACCAAAAAACUGAUGAGAUUUGCCUCGCUUGGGGGGGGUGUCCGAAGCAGGGAAAAGCAAAGAGACCAGGAGGAGCCGUGGCGGAGUAGAGGAUGGCCAGGAGGUCGAUGUUACACAAAUUUUAGCUGGUACCUUUCAGAACCACUUUUGCCUCUGUAUAACAAAAAUAUCAACUUAGAUUGUUUUGUGGGUGUCCUUUAUUUU